CGCGCGGCGACCGGACCUGGCGCUCGCAGCUCCGCAGCCCCGCAGCCCCGCAGCCCCGCAGCCCCGCAGCCGCAGCCGCAGCCGCAGCCCCGCACCUUGGCAGAUUCUCAGCCCUGGUUUUAAGAUGAUGGGAUUGGGAAAUGGGCGUCGCAGCAUGAAGUCUCCGCCCCUUAUCGUGGCCGCCCUGGUGGCCUGUGUCAUUGUGCUGGGCUUCAACUACUGGAUUGCGAGCUCCAGAAGUGUGGAACUCCAGUCACGAAUUGUGGAGCUGGAAGUCCGGGUCCGCAGGGCAGCCGCAGAGAGGGGUGCUGUGGAGCUGAAGAAGAACGAGUUCCAGGGCGAGCUGGAGAGGCAGCGAGAGCAGCUCGACAGGAUCCAAUCUAGCCACAGCUUCCAGCUGGAGAAUGUCAACAGGAUGCACCAGGACGAGAAGGCGGUUUUAGUGAGUAACAUCACCACAGGCGAAAAGCUCAUCAGAGACCUGCAAGACCAGUUGAAGGCUCUGCAAAGGAGUUACGGCAGGCUGCAGCAGGACAUCUUCCAGUUCCAGAAGAACCAGACUAGCCUGGAGAAGAAGUUCUCCUAUGACCUGAGCCAGUGUAUUAACCAGAUGAAAGAGGUGAAGGAACAGUGUGAGGAACGGAUAGAAGAAGUCACCAGGAGGAGAAAUGAAGCAGCAGUUUCCAGAGGUGUGGGUGAAAGAAACGGCCAGCCUCAGCAGGCCCUCAAGCCUCAGCCCAAGCUUUCGGAAGUAGUCCCACCAAAGGAACAGAUGCCACAAGGGAAAGAGGCUGUGCCCAGAAACAAGUCCCAGACACCAGCUCCCAGUUCAGAGGUGCGGGGUUUGAAACCACACCAGCAGAAUGAGGAAACCAACGAGAUUCAGGUUGUCAGUGAGGAGCAUGGCCUGGGACCGCCGAAGGCAUCAGUCCAAGAACAGGCCCCCAUGGAUGGCACACUUGGAGGAGCUGGGAAACCUCACAUGACACAAGGGCCAGCUGCCCUGUUGGCCAGGCCUGAGGAUUCUCAGUACCCUGACCGGGACCAGCUUGUCAUCCAAGAUGAGCAGGAGAAGCAGCAUGCAGCUGAGGAAGGGAGGAACCAGGGAGAUGAAUACAACAUGGAUGAAAAUGAAGCAGAGUCUGAGAGAGACAAGCAGGCAGUCCUUGCAGGGAACGACAGAGAUAUAAAUGUUUUUAAUGUUGAAGAUCAGAAGAGGGGCCCAAUAGAUUUACCCAAUGGGAGUGAAAAACAGAAUCUCAUCCUAAAUCAAGUAGGAGUCCGUAUUCCUCAACAGGCCUGAACAGAGAUCCUGCAAAGACUCACCAGUGACUGAGUACUCAACUGUGAAAUGUACCAAGUAAACUGUGCAUCGGCUGAUGAUUAUUGUGAGGUUUAAUCAGUACAUUUUAGCAAAGAAAAAUGGGACUGUCUCAGACAGUUUGGGGGUACUUUCAAAGUGUCUACAAAGGAUGUGUCAAAAUUGGUCAGCUUUCUUAACAGGUUAGUUCUUGAGCAAGUCAGGCAACACCAAGAAGAGAAAUGAGGGUGUCCUCCAUGGGGAGCAGAACCUCAUCAUUCUACAGUGUCUGUGGACAGAGCAGCCUGCAGGAGGGCAGCUGCCAGCCAACGACCGCCCUGCCCCCCUUCUUGUGCCGCUGCUGCCAGUUUCUGUUACUGGUGGAGAGCGGCUCAUCUCUCCUGCACACACUGAUUCCACCAUCAACAGCCUAGGGCAACACCACUAGUCAGUUUAGACAAGUCUCAAUACAACAUAGUUCUGUUAAAUUAAAAGACAGCCACUAAACCUGGAUAACUCUAGGACCCAGAAGGCUGAGGCAGGAAGACUGCUAUAGGUUCUGGGCCAGCCUGAGCUACAUAGUGAAUUCCAGGUCAGACGGAGCAAGAAAGUAAGACCCUGUCUCAAAAUGCCAAUUGUUGGGGGAGGAUUUUUUUUCUAUCUUUUUUUUUUUAAAGACUACUGGUUUAAAUAACUUUUGUUAUUGUUUUGAUAUACAGAACACUAUUAAGUUACUCAAUAUGAGCACCUAUGGUCUCUCCCUUGGUUUUCGUUAGAGUGGGCAAAGGGAAAUCUCUAGUAAGCCACUGCACCUCACCAGGAAAGGCAGUGGCUGGAUUGGGCAGCCAGAGCAGACAGGAUGCGGAGCUCUGCAAGGACAGAGGCCCCGAGGUUUGUACCUGUGUUGCUAUGAUAGCCCAGGAGAAGGGCUGGCUGCUGGGGGUACCCAGGUCACAAGCUGGGGACGGCUACAAAGGCAAGAGAGACACACCAGCUGUGUGUUUUGUUUUCCCCGUAGCCUGUGUACUGUCUGAAAACCCCACAGGUUAAUGUGGUUCACCAAUGGUAACGGCGUUAGCCUGUGCUGUGUCUGACUCAAGCCGACAGACAGUGCUGGUGAACUGGAGAGCAGCACCACUGGAGGCCACUGGAAAACUCCUGGUGCUUUCUGGGGCUGGCUGAAAGAUUCCGGUAGUGUGAGUGGCUGCCCAGGUGGCCCAGUAUUCCUGUCCUCCCAUUCUCCUUAAAAACAUACAUUUGAUCACCUGUGGCAGAUGUGGGUUGUCUCUCACUGCCCAAACCACCAGAUUUGGUGCUCAUUCCCCCAAAUCUGACACACAACCCUGCGUGUGGAUGGACACUUGUUACUCACAAGGUCCUCAGCUGCAAUGUCUUUACUACACAGUCGCUCUAUGCUCUACUCCAAGGUUCCAUGCUCAAGGGGACUUUGCAUUUUCUAGUGACAAUUUCCUGUCUUAGCUUUGGUUCUGGUUUAAAGUGUAGACAUUGCCGACAAGCCAUGCUGAUUUCCUUUCAACAAGUAAAAGAGGCGAGGAGAACACUCUGGCCUCUGGGUUCUAAAAUUCCAGGCUGCCAGUGUCUGUGUUUGACAGCUGAGCCAGACCACCUCAGUACUGACAAGGAAGUCAGCAACCUCUUUACCUCCGUCUUUGCUAGCAUUGCAAGUUCACUCAGGCAUGUUUCAAAAUAUUUCUAGGAAAUGUUCUGAUACAAGCAAGGUGUCCUGACAAGGGCUGGGGCACAGCUCCUGAGAGGAUCUGCCUAGUAUGUGUGAGGCCCUGGGCUGCACUCUCAGCACCACCGAAAGUGUUAAAUUAGAGUUAGGACACUGAACUCUCAGGAUCAUUUUUACCAUAAGGCAAAUGAACUGCCAAUGGUCUUAGGCCAACCCACAAAACCAGGUUAAACUUCUGGGUAGCUCAUUGUGCUAAAAGCACUGCCCCUACAGAGGACAAAAGGGAAGCCAUGUAGGCCUAGACAGUUGUCGUAACACACACCAGUGCAGAGGAAUGGGCAGCAAAACAAGGAUGGGCUCUGGCUGGUGGACUGAGAAGAAACCCUGCAUCUCAAUCCACUUCAAAGGUUCAACUGGAGCAAAGGCAUGUACCACGUUCAAACAGACCCAAAGCUCAGCAGUGUGCACACCUCACCUGCUGCGGCCAGCAGCAGACACUGCAGUGUGACAUGGUUCUUAAACUGCAUGACUGCAGAUCCUUACAAAUGUGUGUCACAACACAGACAAUCCUCAUGUACUUUAGAGAUCGUCUCCCUCAAAAUCCAUUUCAAAUUUCACCAGAAUCUAAAUGCUUAAUAAACUCAUGUUUUGAAACUUC